GCCGGAAGACGGAAGUGAGGAGACUUCCGGUUGUCGUGCUAGUGUGGACUGUGAGUGGUGAUCCUUUUCAGAUAAAACAUGGCUAAAAGCUUACGGAGUAAGUGGAAAAGGAAGAUGCGUGCUGAAAAGAGGAAAAAGAAUGCUCCAAAGGAACUUAGCAGACUAAAGAGUAUUCUUAAAGUAGACACUGAUGUCUUAAUGAAAGAUGUUCAAGAGAUAGCAACUGUGGUGGUGCCAAAACAUUCUGAAGCGAAAACUCAGUGUGUGGUGAAAGACGAAAAAGAUGACAUGAAAAUGGAGACUGAUAUUAAGAGAAACAAAAAGAGCCUUCUAGAUCAGCACGGACAGUACCCCAUAUGGAUGAACCAGAGGCAGCGAAAAAGGCUGAAGGCAAAGCGAGAAAAAGGGAAGGGGAAAAGAAAAGCAAAAGCAGUGAAGGCGGCUAAGGGAUUGGCCUGGUAGACUUUUAAAAACGUGAAACGUGGCACAUGGGACGGAUCUUUGAUUAGAAUGUAUACACUGAUUUCAACUUCUACCAAAUGAAAACUCCAUUUCCAUAUUGUAACUGGCCUUUUUCUUCAGUUCAAACUCAACAUAACUACUUAAAUUUAACUCCUUAAAUUUGUUUUGGAAACUUAAAUAAAAUAUUUUCUUUGAUGAAUGAAAUAUAUAUUGAUAUUUUAAUUGGAUGCCGUUUGGUAUGUAAGGAUUACCAUCAGACAUUAAAAUUCUAUCAAGUAUUAAUGUAGUUGUGGCUGUUUUUGGUAUUAGUAAAGAUAAAUGAUAUACUAACCCAGAUUUAAAGAAACUAUAUAGUGUUAUUUAAAAAUACAAUGUCAGUGGAUCUUACAAGUAGUACUUGUUUGAGUUUUGAUUUUGUAUAAUUUAUAAUAAAAGGUAUUUUGUUUAGGUCUUGAA